UCUCUCGGUCUUUCUCUCACAUAAAAAGCAGACACAAGGGAGAAAGCCGAAAAGGGAGACGGAAGAAAGAGAGAACGCUUUCUUUCCUUUUUUUUUUUUUUCUUUUUUAAACUGGUUCUUCGUGGCGCCUCUUUUGCAGAUCUUCGAACCCUAAUUCUAAAUGAGAAAUCUCUAUAUCUCUCUAUUUUUCAAGAAUCUUCCUGUUUGGUAGUGGGAGGAAUACGAGAUCGAUGAAUGUUGUGCUCGAUCCGUUCUUGAUGGCUUAAAUGAAUGUUUAAAUGAUUUUCUGAGCUGGUUCUGAGCCUGCACUGCAGAAGAAGCGCUGGAACUUUUUGUCUUUUAGUUCUGAUAGAUUUUUCGACGGCCGGAGGUGAAUCUUUAGUGCUUCAGACUUCAGAGCAGUUAUUGCUGGUAUUGGUGAGGUGUGUUUUGGUCGUCUGAGAUGUUCAGAGAACUUUAAUUUUCAUUUUUUAUUAAUUUUCUUUUGUUUAGAUAGUGGAAAGCGGAUUCUCGGUGCUUGACUUCGGUGUUUUUUUCUGGUUUCGGGUGAUUUGAUUGGACUCUCGGGAAGCAUUGUAUCUCGUUGUUAACUUUGUAUUUUGUGGCCGAGUUGAAAGGAUUUGCUUGGAUUCGGGCAAGUUAAUUUCGGGAAACAUUUAAUUUUGAGAGUCCAUUCUGUUUUGUGUUGCUGUAUGAGAUUCGGUGGGAUGUUUGGGUCCGAGGUGCUUGGUCAGAAAAUGGUUUAGCUGGCAGAUAUGGAAGACCGUGGUGGAUCAUUUGUCGCAGUGAGGAGGAUUUCUCAAGGUCUCGAGAGGGGGAGUGCCUGCCAGUCUACUUCAGCUGAAGUAGUGGCAGGGUCCACAGCCUGGCUUGGAAGAGGUCUUUCUUGUGUUUGUGUUCAGAGAAGGGAAAGUGAUGCACGCCCAUCCUUUGAACUAACUCCUGCCCAGGAGGAGUGCUUGCAGAGGCUACAGAACCGCAUAGAUGUUGUCUAUGAUAGUUCAAAUCCUCAGCACCAGGAAACUUUGAGGGCUCUGUGGAAUGCUUCCUUCCCUGGAGAAGAACUCCAUGGUUUAAUAUCGGAGCAGUGGAAGGAAAUGGGCUGGCAAGGAAAAGACCCAUCAACAGAUUUCAGGGGUGGUGGUUUCAUAUCGCUAGAGAACUUACUCUUCUUUGCAAGAAAUUAUCCGAAAUCCUUCCAGGAUCUUCUCCGGAAAGAGGAGGGUGAUCGGGCUAUAUGGGAGUACCCAUUUGCUGUAGCUGGUGUGAAUAUCACAUUCAUGCUCAUUCAGAUGCUUGAUCUCCAAGCAGUCAAACCACAGACGAUGCCGGGAGCAGUUUUCUUAAAGUUACUUGCAGAAAACGAGUCGGCAUUUGACCUUCUCUACUGCAUAACGUUCAAGUUGAUGGAUCAGCAAUGGCUUGCCAUGCGCGCAUCAUACAUGGAUUUCAAUGUUGUGAUGAAAUCCACACGCCGGCAAUUGGAAAGAGAACUGCUGCUUGAGGACAUUACACGAUUGGAAGAUUUGCCUUCCUACAGCCUCCUCGUUCGAUAACACGUCAGUUUUUUAUUGACGGUUGUUGUAUAAAUUGUUCGAGGAAGCAAGAUGCCUUUCAUUGUCCGAUACAUUUUCCCACGGUUAUUUUCUCCUUUCUACAACCCCACCUCUACUUCCAUUCUUGAUUAGCAUGUUUCAAUGGUGGUUUCCAAUAUUUUGUCAUCUAUGCAAUUUGAUUGACGCUGCCUUCCCGCCUGUAGUUUGGAUUGAGUGUUGUGAGCUACAUCUGGUAACUCAAAAAGUAUAAUUACAUGCAAACAACAUCCAUGAUUCUCUUCCCACAAUGGUGAGAACCUGAUCCUGAUCGGUGGAUGUUUUAUGUGAGCCAUGGAUGCCUUGGAUAUAGAAAGGUUGAAAGGAAAGAUUAGUGCUCCAAAAGCUCGUUUAUUGGAAUAUGAGAAUGGAUUUGAAACUUGAAAGAAGAUUUGUCAUUGGGUGUAUGCAUUGGAGGAUAAACUGGGUUUGUGCAACUAUGUAUUUGAGUUUUGAGAUUUGUGACUCAGGUUUGGUCACUUGAAGAGCUGAAAUAAAUUUCAAGUUUGUUUGUAA